CUCACAAAAGUGGCCAUGUGGUCCUGUGGUUUAGGCCUUGGAGUUUAUGUAUUUAAUGAAUGUAUUUACGAUGUGGACGGAGGCAAACGUGCGGUAAUCUUCGACCGUAUUCGUGGAGUCUUGCCUAAGACCAUCGGUGAGGGAACCCACUUCAGAAUCCCUUUCAUUCAGUACCCUUUCAUUUAUGAUAUUCGUACCACCCCCAGUGAGAUCUCUACGGAGACAGGUACGAAGGAUCUGCAGACGGUGGGUAUUUCUCUUCGAGUGCUGACCCAUCCUGAUGUGAACCAUCUUGCAAAGAUCCACAGAGAAGUGGGUGCUGAUUACAGAGAGCGUGUUCUCCCCUCUCUGGGUAACGAAAUCAUGAAGGCCGUGGUUGCUCAGUACAACGCUGAGCAGCUGCUCACAGAGCGAGAGAAGGUUUCUCAGCGUAUUUCGGAGCUUCUGGAGGAGCGUGCUGAGAAGUACCACAUCUUGUUGGAUGAUGUGUCCAUCACUCACCUGGCCUUCGGCUCGGAGUUCAACAACGCCAUUGAGCAGAAGCAGGUGGCUUUGCAGCGUGCGGAGAAGGCCAAGUUCGUUGUGGCUCGUGCGGAGCAGGAGAAAAUCGCGGCUGUGAUCGCUGCAGAGGGAGAGGCCGAAGCCGCCACGCUGAUUAGCGAUGCGCUGAAACAGGCAGGAUCGGGUGUGAUCGAAGUGCGCCGAAUUGAUGCCGCUAAGGAAAUCGCGACCACGCUGGCGCGCGCGCCGAACGUCACGUAUCUGCCUGGAGGAAACAAUAGCCUGCUGCUGGGCAUUGGCUCGAGAUAGUCUUCUAAGGGU